GUCAGUUAAACCCCAUUAAACUAUCACUAGUAGUCUUACUUCUGUCGAAUUUUCUCUUUGCUCAAUUCUCUCAAAAUUCCUCAAUCGUUCGGCCCUCGCCAUAUUUUUAAUUCAACAUGAAGACCGUCAUGGCGCUCCGAAGGUGCCCUCUCACUCACUCCUAUCGGCCCACAUCGCCUUUAAUGUGCGAUUUCCUCGCGCCGUCAACUUUGCGACAGAGCUAUCGCGGAUACAAGUCCACAGCCAACACACCUUUCUGGGGUGGAUCUCCCGAUGCAUCACCGGAUACGAACUCCCGCACGUCAAAACCUAAGUAUGUCCUCAGCCAGAAACAACGCGAGUUCUUGGAUGGUGCACUUCGGGUCAAUCAGGCCGGAGAGCUUGCAGCUACUCUCAUCUACAAAGCGCAGACACCGCAGGUUGUGCGCUCCCAUCCCCACCUGCGUCCUUUAAUGAAGCACAUGUACGAUCAAGAAGCCGGGCACUUUUCGACGUUCAAUCAGAUGAUUGCGAAACACCAAAUUCGACCAACGGCAAUGUAUCCGAUAUGGCAGGUGGCGGCGACAUUCCUCGGGUGGUCAACCGGAGCUAUGGGACGUGAGGCGGCCAUGGCCUGCACAGAAGCCGUAGAGACGGAGAUUGGCUCUCACUACAAUGAACAGGUGCGGGAGAUACUAUCGUGGCAGGCAGAAGCGGAGAGUCGAGGGGAAGAGCUAGACGAUGAACUGAAGGAUAUGCUCGUAACAUUCCGAAGGAUCCGCGACGAAGAGUUGGAACAUUUGGAUCAUGCUGUUGAGAAUGAUGCCAAAGAAGCCCGGCCGUAUGACCCGCUGGUCAACAUCAUUCGCUUCGGGUGUAGAACGGCUAUCAAUAUCAGUGAGAAGAUAUAAGCCGACAAGAGGGGCUACAACCUAUGGUGUUGAUAGACCGCUACCCAUUCCUUUGUACAAUACCACGAUUAUAGUAGAUGUAUUAUAUGUUUUUGACGUGUCGUGAACAUGAUGUCCUCUUUCUAUCUUCUUU